CCAAGCAGUGAUCACUUGGCUUGGCAUUUCUGGCUUGGCGGUGCUCCUUUCAUAGAUUGGAAACCGCGGGCUUUCCUCCUGGGAGGUUGUGGCCGAGGUAGUAGCUCGCUACUGACGGCCUGCUGGGGUGGAGAAAAGCGGGGAGGGACUAAGGGGUCUGUCUCUGAAGCCCGCAGUCUCCUCCAUGAGGAAGACUGCCCGCGUCGGGAGCCAGGAGGACCAGCGCUGGUGGAAAAACAGCGCUAUUGAAAGCGAGCACGAUGAGGGCACCUUUGACCAGCCCCAGCACGACGUCCGCCUGGAAGAUCUCUGUGAGCUCCACAGAGCUGCCCAGUCCGGCGACGUCCCUGGGGUGGAGCGCGUCCUGUCUCCUGGAGAUACUGGCGUGGACAAGAGGGAUAGGAAGAAGAGACUUAGCCAAGACCUUCAUGAUAAGUUAUCCUUUAGGCCCUCGGGGUUCAGUUCAAAUAAUGUUGCAGAAAGAGUUUAA